UCCGUACUCGGCGACAGUGAUAUUUACGACACCAUGCUGGUCGUACGGCCGUGAAUGUAGUUGCUACGACAGGGAAGGUACCAUGUGAGAAGUUAGUUUUGGCUUCAUCAGACUGUUUAAAGGAGAAUUAGUGAAGAUUUAAACAGUUAAAAGGAUCAUGAACGAGAGGUCACUUCCCGCGUCUCCCAACUGGUACUGCUCGCGCUGCAGUGACGUCAGCAGCAGUGGUUUACUGGGAGUGGGAGCUAAGAACAACAUCUAUCUGAUCCAUGUGUCUGCAUCCUCCUGCAGGGUCACAGGUGAGCUUGUCGGUCAUAAAGACUUGGUGUCGGGCUUUUCUUUCUGUCAUCACGUCGGGCAGAGUCACAUCUGUGUCAGCUCCUCCACCGAUGGCUCCGUCCGCUUCUGGGACUCAGACGACAAGGUGCUCAUAAGAGAGGAUGCAGCUCAUCAGACGUCCGUCACAGCGCUGCACUGGUCUCCGCUGGAUAAAAACCUGGUGGUGUCCGGUGAUGAGAAGGGCGUCGUGGUGUGUCACUGGUACAACACGGGAGACACCAGCAGCUUCUUCCCCGAGCCCCGCACCAUCUUCUGCCUGAGCUGCUCCCCGCACACCUGGAGCUGCGUGGCUGUGGGGUACAAAGACGGGAUGAUCGUGCUGAUCGACGUGAGCAGGAAAGGCGAGGUGAUGCAUCGUCUGCGCGGACACGAUGACGAGAUCCAUUCGCUCGCUUGGUCGUCUGUGUCCGGCGAGGACGCCCUCUACUGUCGAUCUGAGGACGGUGACGGCGGCGGCAUGGGAGUGUCUGCGGGAGACGGGAAAGGGUGCUACCUCGCCUCGGGGAGCAAAGACCAGACGGUGAGGGUCUGGAGCUCGACGAGGGGAAAAGCUGUGAUGACUCUGAAGCUGCCGUUCAUGAAGAAGAGAGGCUCGGCCGUCGACCCCGGGGUCAAAGAGCGACUGUGGCUCCACGUCCACUGGCCAAAGGGCCGAGCCGCCCAGCUGGUGUCCAGCUGCUUCAGUGGCGAGCUGGUGAUGUGGGACUUGACUCGAGCGGGGAAGCAGAGGUGGACUCUGUUCGGGACGUCUUCAGAGGGUCAGAAUCACAACCGGAUCGUGUUCAACAUGAGCCCGGUGCGUCUGCAGGAUGACAGAGAGCUGCUCGUCAGCACCUCCAUGGACCGCGAGAUUAAGUGCUGGGACCUGACCUCUCUGGACUGUCUCUGGACUCUGCCCACCCUGGGCGGUUUUGUCUACGCCCUCACCUUCUCCCCCGUGGGUGCAGGGUGCCUGGCGCUCGGCGUCGGGGACAACAUGAUCCGGGUGUGGAACACGCUGACCACCCAGAACCAGUACGACACCCGGUCCUUCUGGCAGGGCAUCAAAUCCAAAGUCACAGCGCUGGCGUGGCACCCUCAGAAAGAAGGAUCCCUCUCUUUUGGAACAGACGAUGGAAAAGUCGGGAUUUAUGACGUCUUCUCCAACAAGCCUCCUCAGAUAUCGAGCUCCUAUCACCGCAAAACGGUGUACACGCUGGCCUGGGGCCCCCCCGUCCCCCCGAUGUCAUUUGGGGCAGCGGGAGGAAAGCCGUCCUGCAGCCUGUACAGCUGCGCCGGCGAGGGCGUCAUCCUGCAGCACGAUCCGAGCAGGCUGAGCGGAGAGGCGACGGACAUCGACAAACUGAUCAGAGAUACCAACAGCAUCAAGCACAAGCUGUCUCCACACACCGACCUCAGCUGGAAACCAGAUGGGAAAGUGGUCGCCAUCGGCAACGAGGACGGGUGUAUCGACGUGUACGAGGCGCCCGCUCUCAAACUGCUGUGCAGCAUCCAGCAGCACCACAAGAUCAUCAACACGCUGCGCUGGCAUCACGACCACGCCUCCUCCGCCGAGCUUCACGGCCUGCUGGCCUCCGGCUCCAGCAACGCCAUCGUCUACGUGCACGACCUGCGCUCCAUCGUCGAGAAUCCUCCUGACGGCCCCGUGGUGCUGACCGAGCCGUACCGCAGGCUGUGUGGUCACACGUCUAAGAUCACCGGCAUGGCGUGGAGUCCGCACCACGACGCCCGGCUGGUUACCGUCUCGUACGAUGGCACGGCACAGGUGUGGGACGUGCUGCAGGAGGCGGCGCUCUCCAACUAUCGGGGUCACCAUGGUUACCUGCUGAGCGUCGACUGGUCUCCGGUGGAUCCAGACGUGAUCUGGACCGGGGGGAAGGACUUCACCCUGCAGGAGUGGAGAGUCUCCAAACAGGAGUUCACAAAGCCGCCCAAAGGGAAGAAGAACACCGAGCUGAAGGAGAAGAUGAAGGCCAACCCGAAGCAGAAGAAGAAGAACAAGAAGACGUCGGGGAGCGGGGGAGCUGCACCGCCCGAGACCAACGGGGAGGCGGUUAAAGGAGAACAGAAAGCGGCGGCGGGUCAGGAUCUGUCCGGUGAAGACGAGGACGAUGAAGUCAGCUCCACUAACAGUCCCGUACCUGCAGCAGCCAACGUUGAGAUUCAAAGGAAAGCGCCCGUUACAGCGAGGAGCAAAGACAAACCAGUUUUUCCAGACUCAAACUUGCAGAAGAAGAAGAAGCCUCGCUCCAUGCUGCCCGUCAGUACCUCCAUGGACCAUCGGCCCAAAGACGAUCUGCUGCAGGACUGCGUCACUCUGGCCGCCGUCCGACACAGCGAAGCGCCCCCUGCUGGCUGCGUUCCAGGUCAGGGAGACCACAUCCACCUGGGUCUGUUCUCCGACAGACCGGCUCUGCGGCGCAUGUUCGAGGCCGAGGAGGAGAGUCACGUGGAGGCGGGUCACUACGACUCUGUGGUGUACCUGCGGCUGUGGAGCGGCGACCUGGAGGGGGCGCUGCAGCUCGCCACAGAGAAAGGAGAGCUGAACGACCACCUGCUCUCCAUCGCUCCUAUGGCCGGGUUCCAGGCGUGGAGCCGGGCGGUGGAGGCCUUCGUGAAGCAGCUGUGUCUGCAGGAGCAGUACCUGAAGGCAGCAUCGCACCUGCUGUCAAUCAACAAGCUGUACGAGGCCGUGGAGCUGCUGCGCUCGCACAAACUCUACAGAGAGGCCGUCGCGCUGGUCAAAGCCCGGCUGCCGGCGGACGAGCCCGUCCUGAAGGAGCUCUACACCUGCUGGGCCGCCGUCCUGGAGAAGGACGGACAUUUCUCUGCGGCUGCCAAAUGUUACCUCGCUGCCGGCGCCAGCUUCGACGCCGCCAAAGUCAUCGCCAGGAAGAACGACGUCUCCUCUCUGAGGACGGCGGCCAGCUUGGCGAGAAUCUCCGGAGAGGUCGCUCUGGCUCAGUCUCUGGCGCUGAGGUGUGCCAAAGACCUGGCUGCUGAUCUGGACUGGGUCGGAGCCCAGGAGGUCCUGAGCCCUCAGGAGACGCUGCUGGUCCACAGGCUCCAUCUGUGUGUCGCCGAGCUGCUGGCUGCGACGCUCUCCGACCCGCCCGCUGGAUCUCCGGCGUCCGGCGCCUCCAGCAACACGUGGGCGUUGCCGGGCGAGGCUCGCGCCAGCAUCCAGGACCGGGUGCGAGGCGUGUGGGAGGAGCAGUUUGGGGUUUCACAGGAAUCGGUAGGAAGUCACAGCGCCACCUAUCUGCUGCAGGAGCUGAAGUCUGUGGAGAGUCCGACGCCAACCGCCAACAUUCCUCUGAGACAGCUUCAGCUGUACUCGUCCCUCCACCUGACCCGGGCCGUGCUCAGCUCCUUAUUGGACGAUGACGGCCAGCUGCUGAAGGAGGCGUGGCAGGCGGUGUCCUGGUUCAGAGACGGCGGACACUUCUGCGUCUCUGCAGAGCUCUGCAGGCUGCUGUACCCGGACGGUGACGUCCGUGUGUUUUCCAGGAAAUAUUCCAAAACUCUUCAUCGCACAGAAGAAGAAGAAGAAGAGGUCAAAGCUGCGGCUAACAGUCUGCAGGCGUUCGUCACCUACCACCGCCUCUAUGAACACUGGUGGAAAAACUCCACCCGGGUGCAGAACGGCGUUUCACCCUCAGACGAGCCGACGGACCGAGUGGUGAACGGAGGAGGUGUUUCAGAGUCCAGAGAGAGAGAGAACGCCGCCUGUUCGACCACCACCAGGACGUUUGACAAACUGGACUUGGACGCGUCCUCGCUUCUGUCUGAACCUCACGCCGUCUGUCAGGCGGCUCAGAGGUCGCUCGGGGGGAUCCAGGAGCGUCUGGCGGCCAUGGUGCUGCAGCACAGCAGAGCGCAGAGUGUGCCGCUCCACUCGGGGGAGGAGGAGGAGGAGGAGGAGGAGUCACCCACACAGACCUCCACCACAGGGGGGACGUCGGACAGCCACGGGUCUGCUGAUGCUGCACAGCGGUCGGAAGAGCCGGAGACUCUGCUGUCUCUGUCCGCAAAGAUGUCCGAGCACCAGAAACAGCUGGCUGCGCUCCCCGUCUCCAUCAAGGUGUAUCCUCACCCGGACGUCGUCGAGUGCUGCCUCGUUCUCCUCCGCCUCAGCGAGUCCUCGCCGUCCGUCUCCGAGUCCCUCCAACAGGCGGCGAAAGAUCUGCUCCGCAAACACGGCGCCGGCCUCAAAGCGUCCCGGCGGUUCCUCCCCUGAAUCUUCCACCGUUCGUACUCUGACAGAAGCACUUCCCCUGUACAGAUAGUUGUUCCAUUAAUAAUAAAACUUUUUGUUUAUGAAA